GUUCAAGCAGUGUCAUUGAUUGGUAAAAUGGCUGGAAGUAAAUAGAACCACGUGGAAUGGCUUGCUGCCACACCCGAAUUCAGCGACAAACGUCCAUGUACCCUGUAACUCCUUAACGGUGACUCGACAGCUUCAUCCCGUCUUGACACCAGAAUCGACUCUAACAAAAAUUUUACGAACCGGCCAUGAAGUUCAGCUCUUCGUUAAAAUUCAAUGCCGUAUCUGAAUGGUGGGAUGAAUACAUUGCGUAUGAAACCCUGAAAAAAUACAUCUACCAGCUCGAGAAGCAGCAGAGUGAAUUGGAUCAUUCUUACCAUGAUUUGGAGUCAAACGAAACCGCGUCCCUGGUAGGCCGUCAAGGUACAGCUACUGAUGCCGUUUUCAUUCCGUUACUCGACCGGGAGCUCAAGAAAAUAAUGCUUUUCUAUGAGGCGCAGGAGAAAGAUUUGUUGGAGGAACUUCAAGAGCUGGAGAAUCUAGUUCUACAGCAAGAGGAGGUGGGAUACGACGAUGGAAAUUAUUAUAUGGAUGAUGGGAUAUACGAUGAAGACGACGACGACGACAGCGAGCUGGGACAUAGUGCUGACCCCACGCAUCGACGACGCCGGUCGUCUACUUCGAGACAACGUCGGAAUUCAUCUGCGCUGCGAGCUGGAAUUCCGGAGGAGUCCCCUACUCGUCACAGAUAUAGUAUAUCUAGCGACGAAUACAACGGCCUUGAACAAAGCACCUCGUCUCUCCGGAACGAUUCAAAGACGAAACGUGCGCUGAGCAAGAUCACGAAUCACCUUCCCUUUAUGGGUAGCACAGCGACAUCAGCGUUGCCUGAAACAAUAUGGACCGCGAAGACGAAUUUUGCGUACGACACACGACUGCUGUAUAAACGUCGGAUCACCACACUGUACACCUCAUUUACGUCGUUGAGAUCUUACGUAGAGAUAAACUAUGCGGGAUUUCGGAAGAUAUUAAAAAAGUACGACAAGGUCUUAUACGGUGAGCUCAAAGACCGAUAUCUUCACGAAGUCGUGGAAAUGGCACAACCUUUCACCCAAGAGUCUAAAGACAGACUCAAUGAUGCCAUUGCGCAUCUGGUGGAUUUGUAUACGAAGUGUGUAACUCGCGGCGACAUAUACGCUGCCAAGCAACAGCUGAGAUUGCAUCAGCGGGAACAGAUCGCAUGGGAACGAGAUACUGUUUGGCGGCAGAUGAUUGGUCGUGAACGACGGGGCGAGGGUGAUGGGCCCAAAGCCAUCGGAGUGGACGUACUCAAAGAGGAUGAGGACGUCGUCGACGUCUCUACUCCAGUCGGCCGAUUGAAACUUUCUAAAAAGUUGCUAUGGGUUUUAGCAUCUUCGGCCAUCUUUGUCACUAUGUUGAAUGUUCAGUUCAUUGAGGGUGAAGCAGCCAACCGGUGUCUUGCCAUCCUUGUGUUCUGUACAAUAUUAUGGGCCACAGAGGCCAUUCCGUUAUUCGUCACGUCAAUGACAGUCCCCAUACUCGCGGUUUGUUUACGUGUCAUAAGAGACGACAAUGACGAACGCCUUGCACCUCCUGCUGCUACUAAAUAUAUAUUUUCAGUCAUGUUCUCUCCGACAAUAAUGCUUCUCAUUGGUGGGUUCACGAUAUCGUCCGGGCUCAGCAAAACGAAUAUCGAUCGGAUACUAAUUACACGCGUUUUGAGCCUGGCCGGAACUAAGCCAAGAACCGUUCUUCUGGCGUUCAUGGGCGUGUCCUGUUUCGCCAGUAUGUGGAUAAGUAAUGUGGCAGCACCAACGUUAUGUUUCACGCUCAUUCGUCCCAUUCUACGAACAUUACCACCUAAGGCCUCCUUUGGACCGUGUCUAAUUCUGGGAAUUGCCCUGGCGGCCAACAUCGGUGGUCAAAGUUCGCCCAUAUCCUCACCCCAGAAUUUGAUUGCCUUGGAGAAGAUGGAUCCCCCUCUCGACUGGGCCAAAUGGUUUGCUGUCGCGUUACCCGUGUCUGCCAUUUCGAUCCUCCUAAUAUGGGGCCUUCUUCUGGCAUCAUACCGGCCCGCUGAGUCACCAGAUGGUGAUGGUGAAAUCGAGAUAAAGACGAUCAGACCCACACGGGAAGCCUUCACAGCGAAGCAGUACUGGGUGUCAUUCGUCUGUCUUUUCACCAUCGCGCUUUGGUGUGUAGCCCAUGAGAUUGAGUACUACGUGGGUGAUAUGGGCGUAAUUGCGCUCAUUCCGAUCAUUGCGUUCUUUUCAACGGGCGUAUUGAAGAAGGAUGACUUCGAACAAUUUGCUUGGACGAUCGUGUUCCUGGCGAUGGGUGGGAUUGCCCUCGGCAAAGCUGUAAUGUCGAGCGGUCUUCUUGAGGUGAUGGAUAUCAUAAUUCGUGACAUGGUUGAUGGAUUCAGUUUGUACACUGUUGUCAUGAUCCUGUCUCCUAUCGUGCUGGUUGUAUCCACUUUCAUCAGUCACACUAUUGCCAGUGUACUUCUGGUGCCCAUCGCCGCGGAAGUUGGCUCGAGCCUCGAGGGUAAUCCUAAGAAUCUUCUCAUCUUCAUCACUGGCCUCAUCUGUUCCGCUGGUAUGGGAAUGCCUGUUUCUGGUUUCCCGAAUCAGACGGCAGCGACACAGGAGAACGAGCUGGGUGAACUUUAUCUAAGUAACGUGGACUUCUUGAAGAACGGCGUGCCGGCCAGCAUUAUUGCCACCCUUGUUGUGUCAACUGUUGGCUUUAUACUAAUGAAGGCCAUUGGGUGAGUGCUCGUGCCAGCCUCGUGUCUUUUUAUCACUGACGUCCUCCGAAGUCUCUGAUGUGAUAUAUAGAGA